AUGUCAGGCGAGCCAGUGUGUAUUUCUGAUUUUGAAAAUCAUGCCAAAGAAUUUCUCCCAAAGAACGCCUGGGAUUAUUAUAGUUCUGGAGCGAAUGAAGAGAAUACAUUGAGAGAGAACAGAUGUGCUUUUGACAGGUACGAAAUAUUUUGUUGUUGUUUUUAGGUUUAAAGAACAUUAAUUCAAAAACGUGCUCAAUUUGUCUUUAUUUUUAUAUACACUUAUACAGUACUCUGACUGAAGUUGCGAAGUUAGACGACGAGGACGUGGUUCAUAAUUUUUGUCUGUCUUGUACAUUAUCUUGCACAUUCUGAGUUUAGGGUCAGGGAUGAAGACAGAUUAGAGAUUCAUGUCUAGUUUAUGAAUGCUGACCCAAAUCCUUACCUUGAUCAGGACAAAACAGCGAGACAUGAAUCCCGUCUUCGUUCUUCUGCCUUCGUUCGGAACGAAUAUUGUGGAAAAAUUCGUUGUGAACUUUGUUCUGAACGAAGGCAGAAGGACAAAGACGGGAUAUAGUUUCAUGUCUCGCUGUUUUUUUCUGGGUCAGCGCAAGAAUUAGGGUCAGUAUUCAUAAACAGCGACACAUGGGAAGACGCGCUGAACAACCACCUGUGACGUCCGACUCAGUAUGCGUAAGAUAAUUUGCAGACGGCAAAAAUUAUCAAGUACGUCUUCGUACUACGUUGUCUUUCUCAAACUCUCUAAUAUCGACUUUUACACGUCGUCCAACAGAACCCUUUGGCGUCUACCUGCUAAAUAGCUUUUAAACCAUUUUAUAGUGGAUUGGGAAAAACCAGUAAGAUGUCAUGAUGUAUCAAAUGAAAGGUUUUGCGGAAGUGUAGGAAUUUCUAUUCCUAGUAUAUUGACCCAUAUAGCUUUUCAUUGCAAGAAUCAACUCGCUGUGAGUGCUUGCACUAAUUAGAGUAAACUGUCGAGCAUUGUGAUUCAGGUUGAAAGCACUUGCUUGCGAGCUUUCAAGAAAAUUUCCAAGAAAAUUUUCCACGGACAGAAAAUUUUCCAAGAAUAUCAUUGUUAAAAGUUUGAAAAUUUUCAACUUCAAAAUUUUUUCCGCGGAAAAUUUGUGUCGGCCAAUCACAUUUUACACAUUUUUCUUUCUGCGGAAAAUUUUCUUGAGUGGAAAUGGGCCUUCACUCUUGCGAUGACUAGAAACGACUUUUAAUUCUAAGAAAAAUACACUUUACAGAUGAGUGUUUUUAGGCAGUUGCCUUCUAGCAGUAUCCCGAUAUCCACGGGAUAUAUAAAAAAUUUGGUUUUGGAUGAAUGACUUGUAUCCAGACUGAAAAUUUCAAACGUUAAGAAAAUGUUAAACACCUUUGACGAGCUCCUGAUAGAUUUUGAAUAGAUAGAUAGAUUUUGAAUAGAUAGAUAGAUUUUGAAUAGAUAGAUAGAUUUUGAAUAGAUAGAUAGAUUUUGAAUAGAUAGAUAGAUUUUGAAUAGAUAGAUAGAUUUUGAAUUGAUAGAUAGAUAGAUUUUGAAUAGAUAGAUAGAUUUUGAAUAGAUAGAUAGAUAGAUUUUGAAUAGAUAGAUAGAUUUUGAAUAGAUAGAUAGAUUUUGAAUAGAUAGAUAGAUAGAUUUUGAAUAGAUAGAUAGAUUUUGAAUAGAUAGAUAGAUUUUGAAUAGAUAGAUAGAUUUUGAAUAGAUAGAUAGAUAGAUUUUGAAUAGAUAGAUAGAUUUUGAAUAGAUAGAUAGAUUUUGAAUAGAUAGAUAGAUAGAUAGAUAGAUUUUGAAUAGAUAGAUAGAUUUUGAAUAGAUAGAUAGAUUUUGAAUAGAUAGAUAAGAUUUUGAAUAGAUAGAUAGAUUUUGAAUAGAUAGAUAGAUUUUGAAUAGAUAGAUAGAUUUUGAAUAGAUAGAUAGAUAGAUAGAUAGAUUUUGAAUAGAUAGAUAUUUUAUUUUGAUACGCUAACUACGUCAAUUAGAAAUAUUGAUUUCCACGAAGGGCGUGUGUUCUAAAGUUAUUAUAUAUAAAUGUUCUUAUGACUCUUAUGGUAUCUAAUAAAAGAAAAUAGAAAUAAUCCAACUGUUCCAAUUGACAAAAUUGACAAUAUAGACAACUAACAAAACAUAUAGUUAAUAACUAUUUACAAUAAAGGUUUAUAUAUAUGUAUAAAUAUAUUAUUUAGUAACAUGAGCAGCAAUUUUUCUUUCAAGUAGAGACUGGGACCUAAUUCCUCUGAUUUCGUUAGGCACUGAGUUCCAUAUUUUUGCCCCAUUAAACAUAAAACUCUUUUUAAUGCUAUUUGUGCGGGGCUGUGGCAAAACGAGUGUUGUUUCAUUGUCACGGAGACAGUAAUGUGUAUUCUCAUUCUUGUAGGUAAAAAGGUCUUUUAGGCUUUUUGGCCCAGACUUAUUCAAAAUUUUGAACAUUAAUUUUGUCUUAGAAUAUUAUCAGUUUACCACCAGUCUUUCCGCAUUGAGGACUAGCAUUCUCGUAGCAUAUAGAAGUUUGAAAGAUUAUGUACGUUUUAGUGUAUUAAUGAAUUGUCGAGUCUCCUGUUGUUAUUGUAAUUUGUAACAGUGAGAGUUCUGGAAACUUAUUUGGAUGGGAGGGGGUAUAAUACUUAUAUGGUACCAGUAUCCAGAAGUGGGGCACUGGAUUCUCAGGGGGGGGAUAGUAAAUUUUGAAUCCUGGUAUCCCCGUUGGAUAUUGGGGAAAAUAUAAAUUCAGACCUUGCUUCAAACUUCGAUUACGUAAUUACAAGCAUAGGCAGAUUACGUAAUUCAUUUGUGGCACAGACUCGCAGUGCCCCAGCGACUAAUCAUUUUGCAUAUUUAAAAAUUAAUUUCUAACAGGCCAUGUGUAUCUUAUUUUCUACAGACUGAGGUUGCGUCCUCGUGUGCUGCGAGAUGUUUCGAGCAUUGAUAUGUCCACAACAAUCCUUGGAGAGAAAAUUGAUUUUCCAAUUUGUGUCGCGCCAACUGCCAUGCAGAAGAUGGCGCAUCCUGAUGGAGAAAUUGCAACAGCGAAAGGUAGUUCACUCUGACCAGGUGUUGUGGUCCCCUCGCUUGUCUUUGAAGCAGGGAGACCCAGGUCGGACUUCCACUUGAAGGUUCAAUUGGGCAAUACCGUAAACCUCUGACUAUAAGCCCCCCUCCCUGUGUAUAAGCCCAGCACAUGUACUAACGCUCACCUCAUUCCAAAUAUAAGCCCCCCCCCAAAUAUAAGCCCGGCCACCCGAAUAUAAGCCCCCCGAAUAUAAGUCUCCCGAAUUAAUAUAAGCCCAGUAAUCGCUGCUUAAUACAUGUUUAUUUUCCUGUUUAUGACUGACUUGUUUAUGUCUGACUUGUUUAUUACUAACACAAAAGAUCGUCCAUGUAUAAGCCUCCCCGUAUAUAAGCCCACCCUUGUAUAAGCCCAUCAAAAAUCGCUUACGAAAGUAUAUAAGCCCAGGGCUUAUAGUCGGAGGUUUACCGUAGCCUGCUGGAAAUUCACUUACCAAAUGACGAAUUCUAAAAACUUCACUUGGAUUGAUAAUUGUAAAGAAAUGCCUUUUUAAUUCCGGGGGUAUACUACAGUUGAUCCUUUCUUUCUAGAAAAUAAUUCUUAAUUGUUCUCUAGCUAUUGGCCAAGCUGGUACAUGCAUGACUUUGAGUUCAUGGUCAACAUCGACCAUUGAAGAUGUUGCGAGUUCCUCCUCUGGAUUAAAAUGGUUUCAGUUGUAUGUCUACAAAGAUCGAGAUGUUACAAUAGACUUGAUACGAAGAGCGGAGAGCGCAGGUUUCAAAGCUAUUGCAGUGACUGUUGACACGCCCCAGGUCGGCCAAAGGUACGCUGAAAUUCGCAAUAAGUUUGCGUUACCCCCUCAUUUAACAGCAGCCAACUACAACAACAGUUAUGCAACUGGAGUGAAGAGUUACUGGGAUUCAUUUGACUCGUUGAUUGAUUCAUCUCUAACAUGGGAUCUUAUUCCGUGGUUGAGAUCGGUGACAAAGUUAGGGAUUGUUUUAAAAGGCAUUUUGACUGCAGAAGAUGCAAGGUUGGCAGUACAGUAUGGCGUUGAUGGUAUCUUAGUUUCAAAUCAUGGUGGACGACAACUUGACACUGUACCUGCUGCGGUAACUUUCAAUAAUUAAUACAUGUGUAAAAAUGCACAAGUUGCAACAAACCUGCAGCACGAGACUUGUAGCAAUGCUGUUCCAACAACUUGUCAACAGAAUGUGUUCGCACUGCUUGUUCCCAGCUUGUUGACAACUUGCUACAAGGUUGUGGAGCGCAACAGACUUGUUACUUAUUUUACCUUAAUUCGACAAUUUGUCAACAAACAAACCUGUUGUGAAAACAUCUUGUUGACAAGUUGUGAAACUUACUAUUGAAACUUAAGAGCAAGCAAAUCAGAUACCCACUUUCUCAAUAUUAUUUAUUUACCUCCAAAUACAAGACUACUGAUCAGGGCCCUGCUACUGAUGACAUUAUUUUCACGCUCUUGAUAACUACACGUUGACCACCAAAACUGCUUCCAUGAGGUUUUUCAGCAAAAGUAACUGAGCUAUACUCGUGUAUUUUAGAUUGAAGCGUUGCCAGAGAUAGUGUCUGCAGUUGAUGGGAAAUGUGAAGUAUAUUUAGAUGGUGGUGUGAGGUUUGGUACAGAUGCUUUUAAAGCUUUAGCUCUCGGUGCAAGAGCUGUCUUUGUAGGAAGACCUGUUUUAUGGGGACUGGCGUAUCAGGUAGAGUAUACAUUAUUAUCCACGCUAUCCUUCUGUCCACAAGAACUUAAAUUGAUUCUUGUCUCUCCAGGGUGAAGAAGGUGUUGCCAAAGUUCUACAGAUCUUCAAAGAUGAAUUUAAAUUAGCCAUGGGACUUACAGGUAAGGAUGUAUAAUUUGACAAAGAUAUUUCACAUGUUUAUAUACUGUUUUUAUUCAACAUAUUUUGUUUUAUUUUCUAAAUAGGAUGUUGCAGUGUUCAAGAUAUUUCACGAGACAUGGUUGCUCAUGAAAUGCAAUGUUCAAAACUUUGA